GGAAGUCCAGCCUCCUGCAGGUAGCUGUCUCGCUUCCUGCACCUUGACGCUCAGGUAGGCAGACCUGAGCCCAAAGUUUGGGAAAAGCUGUUUGGGUCGGAGCGGAAAGCGCAGAGCGUCGGAAUGGGUCGAACAUUUUGGCAUUUGGCGUGAAGCUGGAGGAUCCGUCCCUCCAGCGGAAGUCAGCUGGAGCAGUCAGAUCCGCGAGGAAAGCAGAAGUCAUGUCUGCUGUCAGCACCUGCAGCCAGGAGUCGUUUCAUGGGGAGCGCUGCGUGGACCCAGAGGAGGAACGACUCCCUCCUCCGGAACCAAAGGUGGUCCGCAAAGCUCACCUGAAGGACGCCAAAGAAUCUGAGACCAUCGGCUUCAUUCCGGGCUCAGCUGAGUCCUCACCCGCUGCCCAGACCUGCAAUCCCUGUGCUUCUCCGAGGAGCUGUAGGACCUUUGCGUGCAGCGUCCUUACCUGCGGCCUGUACCGGCUCUGCCAGCGCUCCGUCCUCGCUCCCUGCCUGGGACCAAACGAGAGCUCUCCAGAGGAACCGGAGGGCGUGAGCUUCCAAGCCAGGAAUCCAGGGAGCCACAAGAAGGAAGCAGAACCGACUGAUAUCAGCCCGCAGACCUUCAAUGACAUCUUCAUCGGUGGAGUUAAAGUGGACAGUCUGAAAGGAUUCAUGGAUACUGAGACCGUUUCGCCAUCGUACGUUCCUCCCUCUGUGGUCCAGACUCAACCCAGCUAUCACUCACUGCACGACUCCAUACAGUUUGAUGACUGGGAGGUUGGUGAAGAAGACGUGGACUCCCUGAUCACCAAGAAGCUGCUGGAGCUCUACUCUGAGUACCAGAUCGAAGAGUUGGCCAGGUGCACCUCCGAUUCUGUGUUCCUGAGGAAGAGCAAGACCAUCAACCAGCUGAUCAACUCCCUGGCAGAGGAGCACAAAAUGGACGAGCAGGAGGCUGAGAACAGGCUGGUGCGCGGCAUCAUCCGCAUCAGCACUCGCAAGAGCAACAAGAAGCGGCCGCCCGUCUCCAGGACGUUCUCCGACAGCGGCAACGAGACCAUGAACGGGAGCACCUCCUUUACCUUCAGCAACAACAACGACUACAGGUCCAAUCCAAACAUCCAGAUUUCAGAGCAGACCUCGACAGACAAGUUUGCCAGGGAGAUGUGGAGGAAGAACGGAGGCCACUCUUCAGGAGCCCCUUCAGGCUACUCCUACACAGAAGCGGACUCCUCUGGCGUGCCUCUGUUCCGCUCCUCGGUGAGGACAUGAUGCCCCGCCCCCGCCCAGCUGGCCGUUCUGACCGCCAUGCGCAGGACUUUGGAAGGAGUUGCACUUGCACUGGAGGGCGUGGCUGAGCCCAGCUCUGUGUCUUGAAGAGGACAGAAGGAAGAGAAUGUGAAGGUUCACAUUGUCUAGAGGACGCCGAUGAACUCAGGGCUCUCUGUGUCCGUAUUUAUGCAGGUUAAACGUUGUUUGUUUGAAGGAUGGGAAGCUCCUCCCACAGGCAGAGGUCACCGGAAAUGUUUGAUUGCCGUCCUGCUUAUGAAGCUUCCUUGAAAUGUGACUCUCUUGUGUGUGGGUUUGGUUCAUCUGUUUGGUUUGUUGCACAUUCCUUUUGUCUUCUCUUAAUUUGGGCUGUUUUACUCCGUCGUUGUCACGGAUACCGAGAACAGAUCUGGUAACAGAAUGACUUCAUGCCGUUAAUCCUGUGCUCUCACUGAAUGUCCCAGAGGAACAGCGUUAACCAGAGGGUCCUUCAGGUGAAAUCAAACCAUAAAACGGCUUCAUUUGGUUUGUUGGCAAGAAGCGAAAAAGAGGGCUUUAACUUUUUCCAUCUUUUGUUUUUCACCGUUUGUGCUCUCCACUGGUUUCACAGUUAGCAUAAGAAACAUCAACGAUCUACUUCAGGACAUUUAUCUUGAGAGGGUUUUUCUUGCAGAAAGGACCAUUGUUCUCCGCAUUUGACCCCUCCCCUGGGGGAGCGGUGAGCUGCAGACACAGCCGCCCUCAGGAACUGUUUGGUGGCUUAACCCCCCAAUAAAAGAAAAAAAAUAAAACAAAAGGCUCUUUUGUUUGAAGUUGACCACAUGUUUUUUGGUAGCUUUCCUUCUCUCGUGUCGGAUUAGGCUGGAUGUUUUGCAUGGAAAACCGGAAACGGAUCCGUCUUUGUUUUGGAAGUGACCUCCCAGGGCCAGCAGAGGGCGCUGCAGCUGCAUUCCCGCCUCAGCUUUUGAGAGUUGAAAGUCUCUUUUUGGAAGAUUUCUCAGGACGGUGUGCUGUUUUAGCUUCAGACAGAUUUGCACAGGAUUCUUUUUAGUUGAAUGAAUAUUCAAUGGAGGAAAAAGGUAUCUUCUGUUAUACGUUUAUGUAUUUUGGUUUGCAUCACGAGCUCACGGUUGUACAAACGUUCAUCUGAUUGUAUUUCAUUCAGAAGAGUGGGGAAUUUUUUUUUCUUAGAAUAUUUAGUGCAGCAGCAUGAAGUCCAGGUGAACCUUUUAGCUCAUAAGCUUCUGAUUUCAGAUGAUUUUCUUGUAAUGUUGACUGUAGUUGGUUCUUCAAUCAAAAGUAGCUUGUUUUUAUUUGUUUGUGUGUUUUGUUCCUGGCUCAUGUGGUUAUGAUGAACGUCUGUAAUCUUUCAUGUGAUCUGCACAUUUCCCAUCGUAUGGCCCAGGAAAAAGAGCAAGCAUGUGUGUUUUAUUGUAGGUUAAAAGAAACCAGAUGUUCAGAAAACCUCUGCAUGAAAGGUUGAUGAAGCUGAAUGCAGCACAACAGUUUGUCUGCAUUCUAUGUUUUUCUUUGCUUUAAAAUGUUUUCAAUAACUUGUUGCUUUUAAAUCUGUAAACUCUGAUUAAGUGAAAUAAAUUAAGUGAAACUGGGAA